AAACCGCGGAAUUCUGUAUUCCUGUAGCGGAAUCGUACAAAUCAUGAAAAUAUGUGAAAUUAUCCUAUUUUUAUGUGAUUUAUAUGAACGAAAAUAUUAUGUAAAACACGAAAAAGUGAAGAGUUAAUACACAGAAUGAAAUAACAAUAUACAAUAAUAAGAAUCUAUACUAGUCAUUGACUAAGUUGACCAACUAUAAAAAAUAUUUGUAAAUAAAAAAGACGCGUAUUAUUUCUCAUUAUAUUAAAAUGGAUCCAGAAAACAGAGUGGUUGUUUUAAUUGAUAUGGAUUGCUUUUAUUGUCAAGUCGAAGAAAAAUUAAAUCCAGAUUUGAAAGGAAAACCAAUAGCUGUUGUGCAAUACAAUCCUUGGAAAGGAGGCGGGAUCAUAGCUGUAAAUUAUGUAGCGAGAGCAAUGGGAGUCUCCAGACACAUGAGGGGUGAUGAAGCCAAGGAGAAGUGUCCAGAAAUACAGCUACCUUCUGUUCCUUGCCAGAGAGGAAAGGCAGACAUCACAAAAUACAGAGACGCAGGAAAAGAUGUAGCUAAAGUUCUUCAAAGGUUUACUACUUUACUAGAAAGAGCAUCCAUUGAUGAAGCUUAUUUGGAUAUAACCGCACCUGUACAAGAAAGACUCAAAACACUAAACAUAAACACAAUAACAAGUGGCAUGAUGCCCAAUACCUUCGCACUCGGCUACCAAAGUAUACACGACUUUGUGUCUGACGUACACAAUUAUGGUGGUGAGUGUAUGGAGUUUGAUAUGGAACACGCAAGCCGCCUGCUGGUUGGUGCGGUUAUCGUGAGCGAGAUUAGAGCUGCGGUGUUUGAAGAGACAGGCUACCAAUGUUCAGCUGGGAUCGCACACAACAAAAUUCUCGCGAAACUCGUUUGUGGAAUGAACAAACCAAACAAACAGACAGUUUUACCCAAACACUCCAUUAAUUUGUUAUACAAAACCCUUUCCUUAAAGAAAGUGAAGCACUUGGGUGGAAAAUUUGGAGAUAUUGUGUGUGAGACAUUGAAAAUUAAACUAAUGGCGGAACUUCAGAAGUAUACGGAAAAGGAACUGCAAUCUAGAUUUGAUGAGAAAAAUGGAACGUGGUUGUACAACAUAGCUCGCGGCAUCGAUCUCGAGCCAGUGCAAGCGAGAUUCAACCCAAAGAGCAUUGGAUGCUGCAAGCAAUUCCGCGGUAAAUCCGCCCUAACCACCUUAGAAAGUUUGAAGAAAUGGCUCAAAGAUCUUGGAGACGAAAUCGAGGAUAGGUUAGAGAAAGAUGCAGUGGAAAAUAACAGGUGUCCAAAGCAAAUGGUGGUUAGUUUUUCUACACAGAUGCCAGAUGGAAGGGAUACCAGCAGUUCCAGGUCAUAUAAUUUUGGUUCAGAGGACGAUCUGUGUGGGGAACUGUUCUCUGCUAAGGCAUUGGAAUUGUUGUUGGAUAGUGCGGAAGGGUGUAAGCCUAAAGAUGAUGAAGCAAAUAGAAAGUUAAAAGCUCCGAUAAAAUUUCUCGGUAUCAGUGUGGGUAAGUUUGAAGAUAAUGACUAUAAGAAAACCAAGAAAAUAAAAGAUUACUUUAGCGCGGGCACUUCUAAAGGAACAAGUGAUGUUAAAGAGAAUAUUAAACCAAUUGAAUCCACAACUGAGAAAACAACAUAUGAUAAAAACGCAGGCGGAAAAGAAUACAUCAUAAAGAAAUUCUUUAAACAAGAAGAUAAAUUGAAGACCAACAAAGAACUUACAAAUACCGAGAAACCAAUACUGGAGUCCAGUUUAGAUAAACAAGAAUCCUUUUUCGCGAAGUUUUUAAAUGGUAGUAAAGAAGUAGACGCAAAAAAUAAAAUUGAUAGAUCAACUACACCAGUUUGUAAGGUCGUUACUUGUGGAAAUGAAAGUAGUAACGAUACAGAUUACUCUGGAUCCACAAUUGAUGACGAAAUAAAUAAAAGUGCCGCGAUGUUUGAAGACGAUCCGGAAGAAGUUGAUAGAGUCAGUAAUAUGAGAAAAUUACUUAACAGCACGAUUGUACAAAAUGUAGAGACGAGAGGCAGUUUUCAUGAUGAUGAAGAUAAAAACGUCAAAAAUGAAAAUGUUCCAGAAAAUAAUAUAGAAACGAUACAAUGUUCUGAAUGUGGAAAAAGUAUAACUUUAGAUAUGUUCGACACGCAUGCUGAUUACCAUCUCGCUCUAAAGCUGAGAGAUGAAGAGAGACAACAAUUCCGGAAAGAAAAGGAGAGAAUGAAUCCUAUUGAUAAAACUAAAAAGCAAGAUGAGAAAACAAAGAAGCAAGACAUUCCAAAAAUUGAAGUUAAAUCUAUAGCGAAUUUCUUUGUCAAAGUAGAUGAUAGUGUACCAAGUAAAAUGUGUUCUGAAUGUGGUAGGAAAGUGCCGGUAGAGAAAUUUGCGGAGCAUUUAGAUUUUCAUGAAGCACAGAGACUAAGUAGAGAAAUAAAUAGGCCAGUAGCCAGUACGAAUAGUAGAGAAUUAAUGGCGCCAGUAAUGAAUAAUAGACCAGAAACAAGUUCAGCAAAGAGAAAAAGAAAAUCAACAUCGCCAGUUAAGAAACCGAAAGUGCCGUGUAAAUCAAUAGAUUUGUUUUUUAGGCAGUGAUAUUUGUAGUAUAUUUAUGUGUAAAAGAGGCCAUGUA